UUUCUGGCUUCCUAGCCCGGUGCGGCGUCCGCCACCAUGUCCCUGGCGGCCUCAGCGGGCCGGGGGCCGGGGACCAUGUGGUCCCCUACACACGUGCAAGUGACGGUGCUACAGGCGCGGGGCCUGCGGGCCAAGGGUCCCGGGGGCACGAGCGACGCGUACGCGGUGAUCCAGGUAGGCAAGGAGAAGUACGCCACGUCGGUGUCGGAGCGCAGCCUGGGCGCGCCCGUGUGGCGCGAGGAAGCCACCUUCGAGCUGCCGCCGCUGCUGUCCUCCGGGGCCGCGCCCGCCGCCGCCGCCACCCUGCAGCUCACCGUCCUGCACCGGGCGCUGCUCGGUCUCGAUAAGUUCCUGGGCCGCGCCGAGGUGGACCUGCGGGAUCUGCACCGGGAUCAGGGCCGCAGGAAGAAGCAAUGGUACACCUUGAAGUCCAAACCCGGAAAGAAGGACAAAGAGCGAGGAGAAAUCGAGGUCGACAUCCAGUUUAUGAGAAACAACAUGACAGCCAGCAUGUUUGACCUCUCCAUGAAAGACAAGUCUCGGAAUCCGUUUGGAAAACUGAAGGACAAGAUCAAAGGGAAGAAUAAGGACAGUGCCUCCGACACCGCCUCGGCCAUCGUCCCCAGCACGACACCCUCGGUCGACAGUGACGACGAGUCCUUCUCGAAAGACAAGAAGAAGAAGUCAAAGAUCAAGACUUUGUUUUCCAAGUCGAGUCUGCAGAAGACACCGCUCUCCCAGUCCAUGUCUGUCCUGCCCACUUCCAAGCCAGACAAAGUCCUGCUGCGAGCCGGAGACUUCCAGUCCCGGUGGGACGAUGAUGACAAUGAGGAUGAGUCCUCCUCCGCCUCGGAUGUCAUGACCCACAAGCGAACAUCCAGUACAGACCAUACACAACCGAACCAGUCCAGCUUCAGCCUUCCCAAGAAAGAAGGGCUCUCCUUCCUCGGGGGCCUCCGGUCCAAGAAUGACUCUCUUUCCCGAUCUAACGUCUGCAUCAACGGGAACCAUGUUUACAUGGAGCAGCCAGAAGCCAAGAGUGAGAUCAGGGAGAACAGCCCUUCUAACUCCCCAUCCCCACAGGGUUUCAGGAAGAAGCAUCUGUUCUCAUCCACUGAAAACCUGGCUGCCCGGUCUCCUAAGGAACCAGGGGAAGGAGGUAGCAUGUCCUCUGACAGGCGACUGUCCGACUCUUCCACCAAGGACUCCAUGAAGUCCAUGUCUUUGCCAUCCUACCGGUCUCUGACCAGUGGGGACAGUAGAGAGAGCGUGUCACCGGCAAACACAGAGGCUGCCAAAGAAACAAAAGACAGCAAGAAGCAGGAGAGCAAGAAGUCCUCUUUGCUUUCCCUGGUAACAGGAAAGAAAGAUGUGGCUAAGGGCAGUGACAGCGAACCUCUUCCCACUGUCUCAGAGAAAGAGAAGGAAAGGAAAGGCACACUUGUGGAAGCCCAGCUGCGGGAGGAAGACCUUGUGAGAAGACCUGAGAAAGAUGUUCUACCUGUUGCCUCCCAAUGGGGCAGCUCCCCGAACCCCUUUGAAGACGUUCCGAUCUCAGACCUGGAAGCCAGCCUGGAGUCUAAGUCUGAACUGAAACCACCAGUUCCUGCUGCAAGGGCUCUCCAGACCAAAGCUGUGAAGCCUAGACUGGAAGUUUCACCAGAGGCUCAACCCAAAGCCAGUCUUCCUUCCCCCAACUCUGCUCACUUUGUCCCUUUUCUCUAUAGCUCUACUCAGGCUCCUGUCCUUUCUGACUUGAGAUAUGACUCAGAGACACAGUCCUCUGAAAGUCCUCCUGCCUCCUCUUUCUCAUCUCCCCUAGCAGCUCCUAUCUCCACAUCCACUCCCAUCGAACACUGGCCCACAGACAAGGGUGAGGCUGAUGCUGAAGAACCCUCUUUGCUCCUCAGAGCAGUCUCUAGUUUAACACCAGCUGCAAACACUGGUUCUUCUGCCUCAGGAUCACCUUGGGAACAACUUCCUACAUCUGUGUGGAAGGGGACGGAAGAAUCUUCAGGGGUCAAGGCCAGAGAGACAGGCACAGGGAAGGAAGCCAGCAGUGAUGAGUCCUCACCUCAGGAGGCCCGGGAACUACCCUCAGUGUUACCUCUCAAUGGUGGCAGGAUUGUAAGCCCCGCUGAGAGGUCUCCCACAGCGUCUGGGUCUUCCAUGGAGAAUGUUGAUGUCGAAGAAGCAACGCCCCCUUUUCAAGAGGAAAAGGCAGCCUCCUCAUUUCACAGCAUAGCGCAGAAACAUGAGGGGAUGCAUCAGAAGGCCAGCGGGGGCCAAAAGAAGAAGAAACGCGUGUCUUUUUCCGAACAGCUCUUUGUGGAGGAAGAAACAGAAGGACCCACUAGGCUUGAGGAGGAGGAUGAAGGUCAUCCCCAGCAGCUGACACAGGAAGGGCUUGUUGCUGGAAGCAUGCCCCGUGCAGGGUCUCCAGAGUCUCCCCACACAGAAGGCACAGAACAAGAACCUGUGACCGUGGAAGCUCAGCCCAUCGUCUCUUCUCAAAGCCAGAGUUUCUCGGAAGGCCCCACAAGUCCAGCCAGAGGUACCCAGCUUCUGAGGGAUGAGGAAAAGGAUGACCUCAUGGCACCCUGUCAGAGCAAAGCCAGCGAUCAUGAAGGCCUGCUCUCUAACCCCCUGAGUGACCUUCCAUCUGCCUCUGAUGUGAAAUCUCCUAUCAUGGCCGAUCUGAGUUUGUCUCUUCCAUCCAUUCCUGAAGUGGCAUCAGAUGAUGAAAUGGUCGAUGAGGCUGGAGAUGGUGGAAAGGCAGGGAAGCUGGUUGAGGAAGAAGCGGGAGUUUCACCCUUGAGCAUGUCACCUUCCUAUCUGGAGGCGGCAGGGGAGGCUAGUGGCAGGGCACGUGAGUCAGUGCCCCCGGAGAAUCAGUGUGACUUCAGGCCUCAAACUCCCUCAAGUGUGAAGGAAGAGCUACCAGGCCCUAGUACUGUCGAGGAGGAGAAGCUGAAGGGAAGUGGGAAGCCAGAUUCACCUCUGUGCAUAUCCCAGGAGUCUCCUGUGCCCAGCCCCUCACUCGCUGAGACCUUUCCUGCCGCACACUCUUUCCCCAGCUCCUCGUCUUCCGACACUCGCCACACUGGUGUAGCAGAGUCUCAAAACCAAGCAACAGCAGAUGUCUCCGCUAGUAAAGUUGAGAAUUUUGGCAAGAAGAAACCACUUCUACAAGCCUGGGUCACACCCUCAGAGAUACAUCCAGUCCCAGCUCAGCCAAGUGCGGGAGCUGGGGCAGCCAAGCACAGGCCUCACCCCGUGAAGCCGAUGAACACGACAGCCACCAAGAUCGCAAACUCUAGUUUGGGGACCGCCACCAUCAUCAGCGAGAACCUCAUCAACGAGACCCUCAUGAAGAAAUACCAGCCCUCGGAUCCCGCCUUUGCCUAUGCGCAGCUAACCCACGAUGAGCUGAUCCAGCUGGUCCUCAAACAGAAGGAAACCAUCAGCAAGAAGGAGUUUCAGGUGCGGGAGCUCGAGGACUACAUUGACAACCUGCUAGUCAGAGUCAUGGAGGAGACACCCAACAUCCUCCGAGUGCCGGCGCAGAUGGGCAAAAAGGCUGGAAAGAUGUGAGCUGCUGGAAGGAAACAGAUGUUUAGUGAGCUUGUUUCCACUGCCUCUCGGUCAAGGGUGUGGUCUGCCUAGUAACCGGCACGCAGGUUCCGACUACGGCUCUGUGUGUCGUCCGUCAAGAGUUAAUUCUCCUAGUUGAAACCAGGUUAAUUAUUACAAUGAAUCUUUUACUAUACAUUUAACAGCAUUUUAUUUUUAAAUGCCACUGUGCCUUUGACUACAUUGUAAAUAUCAGAUUUGAUCCGAUGUAUUUAAACACCAGGGUUGUUGCCCUUUGAUACUGAGGUCCUGAGGUGUGGAUCCUCCAUGAAGGUAGGCUUAGGGUGAGAUGAGAAAGGGACUUUGGGAUGCAUACUGUGGCCCCACCCCCCAAC